AUGAUGCGCUGGUCACAUCAAUUCGCAGUAUGGCUCUUCUUCUUCAUGGUAUUGUGCAUGACAGCAAUUAUCAUUACAUCAUCAGCUUUGCCGACAGAAAAUUUCUUGAAGAGUCAUAGUACCCAAUUGGUUAAGAGAGGAGGUGGCGGAGGAAACAAACUUGAAACGGCAGAUAUGGCAAGAGUGAUCUUCCCCGAUCGUCAAAAGAAGUCCUCACAAAAACGUCCUCCAGGUCCAGAGCGUAGGAUAGAAAUACCCCUCCAAAGUUUGCCUAGUAGUCCACGGCGAGCUACUUCACGAACACAAAAAGUCGUAGGAGCAGUUAAGAAAGUGUUUGGCUUUGGUCCAACAUCAUUAGCACUGCCGACAAUCUAUUCGUCAAGUGAAUAUGAUACACACUGGAUCAAACGAGGAGGGGGCAAUGGAUCACCCGGCAGGACACCAGGACAUGAAGUAGUAAGGUUUCCCGAUCGUCAAGCGACUUCACAAACACGUCCAAAAGGUCUAGAUCGCAGAGUAGAAAUGCCUUUGCAUAAACAAAAUAGCAGUCCAAAAUCUUCUCCAUCGCCAGGGCGGACAGGCGGACAUACAGUAAUUGUGUUUCCUGAUCGUCCAGCCACUUCACAAUCACGUCCUAAAGGUCCAGAUCGUAGAGUAGAAAUGCCUUUGCAUAAACAAAAUAGCAGUCCAAAAUCUUCUCCGCCGCCGGGAAAUAAGAGCCCUUCGCGAACACAAAGAGCAGUAGGUGCGGUCAAGAAGUUGUUCGGCGGUGGUAGACAUUGA